GCCGCCAUGGGAGUGCAGGUGGAGACCAUCUCUCCUAGAGACGGGCGCACCUUCCCGAAGCGCGGCCAGACCUGCGUGGUGCACUACACGGGUAUGCUUGAAAAUGGAAAGAAAUUUGAUUCCUCUCGGGACAGAAACAAGCCUUUUAAGUUUAUGCUAGGCAAGCAGGAGGUGAUCCGAGGCUGGGAAGAAGGGGUAGCCCAGAUGAGUGUCGGUCAGAGAGCCAAACUGACAAUCUCCCCAAAUUAUGCCUAUGGGCACCCAGGCAUCAUCCCACCACAUGCCACUUUGGUCUUUGUGUGGAGCUUCUAA